AUGUGGUAUUCUCUUCUCAAGCUGCUGACAGCUGGCGACGCUAAAUCAUCAGAUCGUAAUCCGGGGAUUAGCGAGACUUACACAGAUUUGCGAGUCAAAAUUUUAAGAGGAAGAAGAUUUAGAAUCCGGCCCCGCUCGCACGCAAACGCAGAGUGUGCGAGUCGGGCUGAUUUAUCAAUCAAUAAAGCGCAGCCCGCGGUGCCGUUCGCCGCUCGCGCAGCCUUUGAGGCACCGCCUCCAUCGCUAAACAAACACGCCUGCGCUGAGACGCAAUUAAACGCUAAUAUAUGCCUUCCACCUUGUUCUCCUUAG